AUGUCAUAUAUUGCUCAAACCCAAAAGAAACACCUUUAUUACAUCGAUCAACACAACUACAAAAGGCACAAAAAGCAAAUAAACGAAGGGCGACACAAGCCUCACAAAGAUGAUGAAAAUAGAAGCAAGCACAUGCAUGCAACAAUCUUGGAGAAGAAAAACAAAGUGAUUAUGCAAAUUGGGGAAAAAAACGAAGUGAUGAUUACUGCAGAUGGUCCUGUCUGGAAUUUAUUGUUGGAACAAUUCUUUUUUUUUUGGUUGGAACAAAUUAAACAGACACAAACUAGAGAGACUUAUUGGUAG